AUGGAUUUGAUCUUUUCGCUCUGUUGCUUCCAGACCAAGAUCAUGCCCAUGGUGUCCAAUGUAAUGCAUGCAUGCAUGCGCUUUGAGUUCGAGAAACGGACAUCAUCCAAGAAAGAGAGAUGUUUGGAAGCAUAUGGAGACCCAGGCUAUCCAAGUCAAGUCACGAAAGUCUCUGACUACACAUUUGGCCAGAUGGAACCUGCACUCAGACAACGACUGUUGGUCACAACUGCCAUGACCUUAGUCCACCAAGUGACGCAUAGCUGCGUGAACAACAAGAGAAUUGAGCUGGCCAAACAUGACCUGGAAUUUAGCUUUUUGGAUCAAUGGAGCAGAGGAUGA